GAGUUGAAGGAGGUUGGAAACAGCCAUCCAAAGAUUGAAGCAGAACUUCCAGUUAAUGCACUGAAGAAUCGAUAUCCACAUAUUCUACCAUGUGCGUAACUUUUGCAUCAACAAAAGUGUAUCCUGUAAUUAAUUGCAAAUGCUUAACAUUGAUUAAAAGGUUACUUCAACCAACACAUAGUGUUUUCAUAAAACACUGGUUUUGUUAGAGUAACACUUUUUGUGUUUGUCCCCCACUCAUUAAAAAUAAAAAAUUAAAUAAAGCUAAAACUCACCUCUAUCCAAUGGUCAAGUGAUCCCUGCAGCCAGAUCCUCUACAGCUGAUGUCACUCCUCCCCACUAUUGGGGGUAGGAGUGCAAGUUGAGGGGAGGUCAUGGGUGGCACUGAGGGAUGGGAUGUGCCGCCAUUGGAUGUCUGAAGCCAGCACACACAGCAAGCUGGUACCAAAUACCAAAUUUGCGCAAGAUUAACAUUUGCCACUUUGAAUGCUUGUUCCCGGCUGUCUAAUGACGCCCCAGUGGAGUUACACCUCUGGCAGCAGAGCAUAUAAACUUAGUAUGUACAGAAAUUCAUAGCAAAACAUUGCACAUACAGACUCCAGGAACUAUGGUGCUUUGAGUAACCCUUUAACAAACAGAACACUCAUUGCCAUGGCUGUGGUAGAAGAAGAGCCUAUAGCUAGGUCUUUGAGGAUCCAAUAAUAUCUGCAAACCAGUGCAUUGCAUUAUAAUGCACCUCACAAAUGUAAAAAAAAAUUUGUGUGAACUAAACAGGAUAACGGAUAAAUACGAAGUUCUACAUCUGACAUUCCCUGUAUUAUUAUCAACAAUCUUUACUCAACUGCAGAACUUUACAAAAUACGUUUAUGAAAAUUAGGGCUAUUCAAUUAAGUGAGAAUUCAAAGUGAAUUUCAAAUGUAAGAUAAAAAUACCAAAACUGGAAAAAUUCUAUAAGUCAUAGAAACACAGAAACAUAGAAUGUGACGGUAGAUAAGAACCAUUCGGCCCAUCUAGUAUUCCCAAUUUUCUAAAUAAUUUCAGUAAUCAGUAAUAUUUUCAGUUCAGCUACUCUUAAAUUUGAAAUUUACUUAGAAUUCCUACUUUAGUAAAUAAUUCCAUAUGUAUUGUUAAAAAUAUAUUUUGUCGGGGGACAGGGCCUGACCACUGAGAGCAGAGGACGCAAACCUGUAUAGCUCCUGCUCUGACGCCCUAAUUAAGUGGAUUUCAGCCAUCAAAACGGGACCUAAUCCGCCCAAAAAGGCCACCAGGCGGAAGGUGACGGACAGGGGCACACAAUGAUGCCACACAUGCGACAAUUUCGGCAUAACUCACCUGCUCUUCCUAUGAAGCCCACACGCGUGGUCGGCGUGAGGGAGACGGCUGCUCCCCCGCUGACAUUUAUGGCUGAAAAGCAGAGACCAGACCCUCGUUCCCCCCCCUAUAGACCAGUGGGGGUUAUCCCGGUCCACCCUCGGGAAGCCCUGGUACAACCCGGCAAGAAUGCUGAGGCGACACAGGGGCCUGCAACAAGCGGUGGCACUGCACCCAAAAUGGCCGGUGCAGCGUGCUCCUCUAUCACUCACAGCGAGCAGCCAGAGGUCUCGCUCAAGCUGGACAAGGCCUUCCAAGUUUUCUGGGAGAAGCUGGAAGCUCUUCUGUUCCCGAUGGACCCAGAGAAAGUGCCUGAAACCCGGCCACACACUCACCCAAGCAGAGUCAAAUGGGAGAAGUCACAGACACCUCAAGCACCGAGCCGCCCAGAAAGACAGAAGCAGUGGGACAUUAGCAGACAGCAGGAGACCGGAGAUGCAUCAUGGAAGCAACAGGUGCAAAACGACAGCCCCUUGGAACCGGCAAGUAAUCGUGCGGAUGCACAUCAGCCCGCCAUCCCACAAACCUGAUAACGAGGGCCCAUCACCAAGAGGCCAGAACUACCUGACUCACAGUCCGCUGGCGCAGACAUGCACCUUACCCAUACAAGGCAUAGGCUGACCGGCAAAACGGGAAAGAGUAUUAUUCUAGUGUAUUGACGAUACCCACUACCCACAAGCUGAUCGGACACUCACUCUACUAUGCAGCUCCAUCCAAGGGGGUUUAUUUUUCGACAACAAGACUGUCAUUCCCCACCGCACACCAAAACCCCCCUGGACUGCCCAGUUCUGCCCCUUGCCGCAUUUUUCCAGUGACUCCCUGGGACAUGCCACUCCAUAUGCCCUAACUUAAUGACUAAGCCUGCCCACAUACACUAAGCGGUGAACCUAAUGAUUUUGCCUAACACAUAAAUAUAAAAUUGUGCAUGUACUUUAGAAAUCCCAACUGUUAUAGCUAUGUAUUAAACACGCUGGAGGAUUGCCGUUGGGGUACCUCACGCGCAUAUGUUAAACUAAUAUGCACUACAAAAAUAAAAAAUGUAAAAAAAAUAUAUAUAUAUAUUUUGUCAAGGAAGAUUAUCUAUAUCUCAAAUAUUUCAGGUUUCUCUUAUAUCUCCUCCCCAGAUGAUCAUUCCCGGGUGAAGCUGACACUUAUGAAUGGAGAUCUGAAUUCUGGAUAUAUCAAUGCAAAUUACAUAGCGGUGAGAGCUACUUAUUGAUAUAGUGUGUUUGUGUGAUAUCCUCGGGAAUACUUGCACCUUAAAUUGAGUCUUGAUUAAAUGCAUACAUUGAGCAGUGCAUGCUGGGAGAUAAAAGUAUCCAGAGCCAGAUAAGUUGCAUUGGCACUAUAGCUUAGACCCAUACUUGUAUCGAAAGAGAUAUCUGUCACAUCUGUCUGUGUGCCUCUCUAUCUUCUAUCUUCAUUGCUAUAGUUCUUGUUGCCUCAUCUUGUGCAUGGCAGAUCCUGCGAGUUUAGCAGGCAAAUUCAGAUAAAAAUAGUUGGAAGGCAAUGUAGUGUACAUCUGGCCUGCACACCACCAGCUUUACACAUGAGCCUUGUUUUUAAUAAUAUCACACAGCUUUUUAAUGGCGUAGUUUACAAUUGUUAUUUAUGCAGGGUUUCAACAGAGCCACUGAAUAUAUUGCAACACAGGCCCCCACACCGUUGUCUAUUCAUGACUUCUGGCGUAUGAUCUGGGAACAGAAAGUGAAGAAUAUAGUGAUGCUCACAGUAUGUGAGGAGAAAGGGAAGGUAUGUCAUAUAGCUCAUCUAUAUUCAUUUGCAUGCAGUAACUCCCUUUACACCCAAUGUAUAAAAUUGUAGUGAUCAAUUAAAACAGUGCAAAAUUAAAGGGACUGUCCAGCCAGGGAAACAAAUCUGUUUUCCUGGCACUGCAGAAUCCUGUAGUGCCUCCCUCCUUCCCACCUCCCAUCCCAUGUUGCUGAAGGGGUUAAAACCCCUUCAGUGACUUAUCUGAAUUGAGCGCUGAGUCAGUGCUGGGUCAGGCUUUGGCCCACGCUCCUCCAGCGCCGACCUCAGGCAAUGGCGGCGCGCGCAUAUUAGACCUCCCCAUAGGAAAGCAUUAUUCAAUGCUUUCCUAUGGGGAUUCAGGCAACGCUGGAGGUCUUCAUGCAAAGCUUGAGGACAUCCAGCGUCGUUUAAAACACUUUUCGUGUUUUAUAAAAACUGCAAUAAUUACACUUGCUGGGUUAAGGGUGAUGGGAGUUGGCACCCAGACCACUCCAUUUGGCAGAAGUGGUCUGGGUCCCUAGAGUGUCCCUUUAACUAGGGCCACGGAAUGAGGCACCUGUUACAGGGUUUUGCACCCCUCCCUGUUUGUGCUCCCCUAACUCAUUCCAUGGUCCUAUUUAAAGGAAAACUAUAAUGCCAGGGGAAAAAAGCUCCCUAUAAUGCCCUACUCCAUCAUGUCCCCUCCCCUUAAAAACACUUUCUGUCACUUACCUUUUUCCAGUGCCAAUAUCCCUCAGCACUGGUUCAGGCUCCACCUCCUCUCGACCUCUAUUUACUAUGGGGAUUUGGGUGAUGCUGGAUGCAUAGCGUGAGGACGUCCAGCGUCAAGCAACGGAAUUCCCUCCAGUGCCCCUUGGUAGGCAGCCACUAGAGGUGGAUUUAAUCCUGUAAUGUAAUUAAUGCAAUAAUUACCAUUGUAGUGUUAAAGGACCUAGGACACUGCAUCCAGACUACUUCAAUGAGCUGCUCUGGGUGCCUAUAGUUUCUCCAGGCCCACCAUCAGGGGGUGACAACCUUGAUGUAUGUAUGUCUGUAUGUAUGCAUGUAUGCUUGUAUGUAUGUAUGAAUGUAUGUAUGUAUGUAUAUGUAUGUAGGUGUCUGUAUGUUUGUGUAUGUAUGUCUGUAUGUAUGUAUGCAUGUAUGCUUGUAUGUAUGUAUGAAUGUAUGUAUGUAUGUGUAUGUAUGUCAGUAUGUAUGUAUAUGUAUGUAGGUGUCUGUAUGUUUGUGUAUGUAUGUCAGUAUGUAUGUCUGUGUGUCUGUAUGUCCUUAUGCAUGUGUGUGUGUGUCUGUAUGUAUGUUAGUAUAUGUCUGUGUGUCACUAUGUAUGUCUGUGUGUCUGCAUAUAUGAGCAUUUCUGUUUCAGUAUGUAUGUGUCAGCAUGUAUGCCUAUAUGUGUGUUUGCCUGUUUCAGUAUGUAUGUGUGUGUGUGUCAUUAUGUGUGUAUUUUUGUGUGUGUGUAUCUGUGUCCUUUUGAAUCAGUGCGUGUGUUUGUGUGUGUAGGAUUUGGAGGCGGGCCCUGUGGGCUCUUGGAGGCGAACACCCGGAGGCCCAGAAAUUUCUGAUGGUGGCCCUGAGUGUCCCUUUAAUCUUGUAAUGCAGAGAGUCCCAGUUGGAAAGUAUUGUCAGAUUUGAAGUUCUAUAUGUUGAUGCAAAUAUAAUAAAACACUUUGAAUCAUCACUUUGAUAUAUCAUUUAGUAUAAAUUAAUGGACUCUUUUGUUGGCAGAUUCUGUGUGAUCAGUACUGGCCGUCAGGCUCUGCUUUAUAUGGACCCAUUACUGUAUGCUGCAUUAAAGAGCUUCCUGGUAAAGACUGGAUCACACGCCAUUUCAAACUAAAUCAUGUAAGGAAUGCUGGCAAAUGUGUUCUAGAGUUUAUACAUGAAGUUUAUGAAAUCCUGCUCUUUUUACAAUUCAGAAAGACAAAAUUAUAGAUGAGGUGUAAAUGAGAGAUUGGGUGCUCAGUGGUGUGUGCUUAUAGAGGAGAAGGGUUACAAGCUGUUGUAGUCAAUGUUUACAAAAAGUAUGAGUUUUAGCAAGGUUUCAAUUUUCCCAAGGAAGAGCGGGUCAUUUUAGUUCAAUAAUCAAAACAGAGAAGUGCCAUUGGGGUUCUUUUUCAAUACUUAUACGUAUAUUGUUGGCUGACCUUCACUCAAUCAUUCAUUAGACCUGCAACAUCAGAAAACAGUUAUUAUUUUUUAUUGAUACAUCACUUUAUUUUAAUAGUUAGAAGGCUUGGAAGUUUGGCUUCAGGCCAUACCUCCAAGCCCUCUGCAUAGAAGAGCUGGGAUUAUUACUUCCCGGCUCUCAUACCCAGGCAUCCCAUGAUCCCAUGCGCGCACGAGGUCAUGCAUUUAGACUGGAAGAAAGGAGAUUUAGUCUAAGGCAAAGGAAAGGUUUUUUUACAGUAUGAACAAUAAGGAUGCUGAACUCUCUGGUUUUAUUAGAGUUUGCACAGAUGUUUAAACAGCUAUUGGAUAAAUACUUGCAAAAACACAAUAUUCAGGCAUACCAUUUUUAAUUAGUGGCUUUAUAGCUUAAUGAUUCAAGGAGAUAUCUGCUAUUCUGGAGUGAAGACAUAUUUUUUUCCUAGGUCAUUGCAAAACUGUAUAUCGUUUCAAACUGGGUUUUUUGCUUUCUUUUAGAUCAAUAGCAAAAACAGAUGUGAGAAAGGUUGAACUUGCUGGACACAUGUCUCUUUUUCAGCUAUGUAACUAUGUAACAAGGAUAAGCCUAAAACUUACUAGGGACAUGGAGACUUUAGUGCUUAAACAUGCAUUCUUAACAUUAUAGUUUCCCUUUAAGAACAAACUGUGUGUGUUUUGUUAUAGGUUGCAGAUUCUCAGGUGAGGCACGUAUCUCAUUUACAUUAUACACGUUGGCCUGAUCGUGGUAUUCCUGAAUCUCCAGCGCCCCUGGUAAAUUUUGUGUUGAUGAUGAGGAAGAUGAUGGAGGCUGCAAAAUAUUGUGGACCCACGGUAUUGCACUGCAGGUAAAUUGAAUAUCUUUUUAAACAUGGGAUCCUUUCACAAUCCAGUGAGUCUGCACUUCAACCAGUCAAUCAUUCAGUGAAGAGUUUGUCUAGGCGAGCCUGGCUUAUCAUUCCACUAAUUAAUUUAUGCAUAUUCCAACAAUCUGUGAUUAUACACUGCCGCAUUGGUCUCCUCCCAUUACGGCAGCUACUUAAUGUUUUGUUCAAUGAUCGGUGGUAGUUACUAGACUGAUGUUAAUCCACUCGGUGAUUUACAACUAUAAAUGUCAAGGGGCUAUAAAAAGGAGUGCUGCUAAACACUCUCAAUGUGGAAAUCCAUUUUACAGGUUGAGUGGUUGUUGAAAGCAUUUUCUGUCUCCAUUGCUUGCACAAACUGCAAAAAGGCAGCACCAGCAAUGGUAUAUCAGUGUGUAUCUGUGGUAGGGAUUAUCUCAGUUCCUUCAAUUAAUAACCUACAUGUAACAUAUUUCUUAUAAAUAACUCCUUUAAUUUUAACUUUUAUAGUUUAUCAUUAAUGUUCCAAAAGUAUAGCUCUAGACUAGUGGAAUACAAGUUUUAUUAGAUACAAACGACUCAUUCAGAAUGUAUAGGAUCUGAUUCUCAGGGUGUUUGGAAAAAUGUGCUCAUGAGUGUACUACGGGCACUGGUUCUUGGGACACAAAAUUGAAUCCUCUCAAUUUUUUCAGUGGGUCUCCAAUGCUUGACCAACAGGCACAUCACAAAACAGUGGUUAAAACGAUUUUGGCAGUAUUUUGCACUUUUACUAGAUAUUUUUUCAUAUAAAUUUACUUUUUUAUAUAUUAUUUUUUAUAAUAUUAUUAUAUAUUAUUUAACAAACUUAACUUUGGAAAAAUCUACUACAUGUAUAGAAUACCUCGAAGCUUCUAAUAAAAUACUCUAAAUUGGAACUUAACUCCAGACAGACGGUCAAAAUGUGUACCGAAAUUGAUCCUCAGAUUACCAACAUUCAUGUGGCUCCAGGUGUAUAAUGGAUCAUAUCUUCUGGACCGGUUUGAUUAUUCCACCCUUAAGGGAUGAGGUUUUCUCCAUAAUUAAUGUUGUUAUCCAUUAUAUUCCUUCCAAGUAUGAACCUAGCUUUAUUUGUUUUUGUUUUUCCUGACAAGAUAAAUUGGAAUGUAAAUAUUUUAAUUUCUAUCAUUUUCUUAUUGGCUCAUUUACUCAUUGCAAGGGCUUGCAAUCAAAUACCAUCCCCUACUUUCUUAUAAAUUAUUCCAUUAAUAGACCACAUAGUAUCUAUGGAGUGCACAGCACACCUAGCUCUUGGUUCUCAUACCAAAUAUAAAAAAGCUAUUGAACCCUUACAAUUUUGGAAUCCCUAAGUCUUUUAAGUGAUAUUGUAUUAUACUCUGGUAUACACAUUACUUCAUGAGAAGACUGUGUAACUAUCACAUGCAAGUUGUUCUGUUAAUGUUAAUUUGUUAUACUUAACUUGACUUGUACUUUAUAUGACUGUAUGCAUGAUGUAAGUGUGGCGGUACCAACCUCGCCACUGUGCACUGGAGAAGCCUGGUUGCUCGCCUGCUCCCUUUAGAUUAUGGCCCUGCAGUUCAGAGCUGUUAUUCUCCCUGCUGAAAGGUUUAUUCGUGCCUUUCUGCCAGGGUGUUCGGUAGAUUCCAUCUACUGAACAAACUACCGAACGAUGGACCACCUGGGAGCUGGAGUGUGCUGUCAAUUGACCGCCCAGAAGCUGCGGUUAACCGCAGCUUAAUUGAUGAACGCUGGGUGGCCGUUGUUCGUCUGCCGAACACGUGGCAGCGGCCAUUUUACCUCCCGAACGGCCAGCGGUGUUCAGCGCCCAAACUAUGGAACUGAAAACGGACACUUAUUGGCGCGAACACCGCUGAGCCGCCAGCCUCCUUACCUUCCCAUUCGGUAAGCAGAACCGAAUGACUGUUCACUCGGUAGUUUCGCUGGAUGAACAGCAUCCCUCAGAUAGCUAAGCAAUGGAGCCUAUUCGUGCAACGAAAGACUAGGGGAAAGACUUUGGCUCCAUGGCGAUUGAACUGUAUGUAUGUGAUCUGAGCGCCAUUCGGUAGUAAUGUGUGCUCAGAUCUAAGCUAUCUGGGGAUAUGUAGAAUGUAUAUGUUUUAGGUAAUAAAUGUGACUGUAUGUAAUUUGAUGUCUUUUACUGUAUUGUUACUGCCAUGAGGUUAAUGGAGUUUUGCCUCUGUCCUGGGAGAUAAGUGGAUUACUUCCCCAAUUAUCUCCAGGACAGAGAGGAGGGAUUGUGAUGUAAUUGUGGGAGUGUUAAAGGUGUAUGUCUGUGAUUUGGUCCCCUAGGGGAGUGUCCACCAGGUGGGAGACCUGCAUAAAAGCCGGGCAGUUAGCCCCAGUAAACCAGGUUCUACUUCACCCUCAAUUUGGAGUCCUGUCUCUAAUUGGGGGAAUCUGCUACAAGGGAUUGCAAUGCUCUGCAUAUUCCCUUGCUUUAAUCAUUCAUAAAUUCUUGUAAGAGCUUGCUCCUGCUUCACUUUCAAGGAAGAGAGGUUCGGCCUGCGGUGGUUGUGGUGUCGGCUAGAGUGCUUGGGGUCCUCAAGAAGCGCUAGGAGCAUCCUUCAAUGGAGGUACCCAGUUGGGGUGCCAGGUGAUCCGUUACAAUUGGUGGCAAGCGGCGGGAUCGUUCCCACAGACCAGAAGGACAGCUACAAGACAACACCAGGGCUUGGAUUACAGAUAGAGGGAUAGAGCUAGCUACCGUGCAGUGUCCCUAUCUACUACAGCAUGGAGCGAGCAAGACCCUGCAUAGAAUCCUGCGAAGGACACCUCAACCUGACACGUCCCUACGAGGGCGACGCUUACCGGGAAGAGGUAAAGAGGCGGUUGGUCUGGUAUGGCCCAGACCCUUCGAACGAGGUGGUCUUCCAAGUAAUGCACCAGUUGAAUGCUGAGAACCUUGCGACAAUGGUCUUUGAACAAAAACAGCAGCAGAGUGAGUUACAGGGAGCCAAAGGUGUCGUCCUUCCUCCCCAGCAGCCGAGUGAGUUACAGGGAGCCAAAGGUGUCGUCCCUCCUCCCCAGCAGCAGUGUGUAUUACAGUGAGCUGAAGGUGUCGUCCUUCCUCCCCAGCGGCAGAGUGAGUUACAGGGAGCCAAAGGUAUCGUCCUUCCUCCCCAGCGGCAGUGUGUGUCCCAGGGAGCUGAAGGUGCCGUCCUUCCUCCCCAGCGGCAGUGUGUGUCCCAGGGAGCUGAAGGUGUCGUUCUUCCUCCCCAGCGGCAGUGUGUGUGUCCCAGGGAGCUGAAGGUAGUCCUUCCCUCCCAGCAGCAGUGUGUGUCCCGAGGGAGCUGAAGGUGUCUUCCUCCUCCCAGCGGCAGUGUGUGUGUCCCAGGGAGCUGAAAGGUGCGUUCCUUCCUCCCCAGCGGCAGUGUGUAGCAGGGAGCUGAAGGUGCGUCCUUCCUCCCCAGCGGCAGUGUGUGUCCCAGGGAGCUGAAGGUGUCGUCCUUCCUCCCCAGUCCCGAGCAGUGUGUGUCCCAGGGAGCUGAAGGUGCCGUCCUUCCUCCCCAGCGGCAGUGUGUGUCCCAGGGAGCUGAAGGUGCCGUCCUUCCUCCCCAGCGGCAGUGUGUGUCCCAGGGAGCUGAAGGUGUCGUCCUUCCUCCCCAGCAGCAGUGUGUGUCCCAGGGAGCUGAAGGUGGUCCUUCCUCCCCAGCGGCAGUGUGUGUCCCAGGGAGCUGAAGGUGUUCCUCCCCAGCGCAGCAGUGUGUGUCCCAGGGAGCUGAAGGUGUCUUCCUUCCUCCCCAGCGGCAGUGUGUGUCCCAGGGAGCUGAAGGUGCCGUCCUUCCUCCCCAGCGGCAGUGUGUGUCCCAGGGAGCUGAAGGUGUAGUCCUUCCUCCCCAGCGGCAGGGUGUCCUGCAGGGAGCAGAGAACGUCGGUCUCGCACCCCAGCAGCAGGACAAAAUACUGAAAGUGGAGACGGUCGGUCCCCCUCUCCACCAGCAGAGAGAGUGUCAGGGAGAGGAGCCUGCUAUCCCCUCUCCCCAGCGGCUGAAAGGAUAUAUGGGAGAGGAGCUGGUUACCCCCUUUCCCCAGCGGCAGCUUGACAUACCCAGUGGAGACAGUAAGCCCCACGGCCAUGCAGAUGGGACCAUGGUCUCUGCACUUACAGCACAGGGGGUAGGGACAGUCGAUCCUACCCCCCCAGCGACCGGGCUCUUUAGCCAAAGGGGAGACAGUCGGUCUCCCCCUCCGGCAGCAGAGCUGUGUAUCCAAAGUGGAGACAGUCGGUCUCCCCCUUCAGCCACCAGGCUCCAACCAGACUACUCCCGUGGUAGUGCUGACACCAGGGGGCUUACAUGUAAAGUAGAUAAACUUAUAAAUGUAUAUAAACAUGUUUUUUUUUUCUUCAAUCAAUGGAUGUUUUACAAGAGAUGUAUAAAAUAAAUGAGGUAAUACAACACAGUAAAUUAUACCUCCUUAUAAAGAAGAGGUAAACUGGUGGAACAAGAGCCAAAUGGAGGGAAGGGGAAAAGGGGGAAGAAAGGGAUUUAUGUUAAGACGAUUAGAAAGACAUCUCUCUCCAUAUUUUGUGAUAGAUAGGGAUGAAUAAUACAAAAUAAAAUAGAAAACAACACAGUUAUGGAAAAUGCACGGAGACAAAUAGAGGGAUAAACGAAAACUGGAUAAAUAAGUUUAAAAGAAAAGGGAUCAAAAUUCACUACACACUAACAUAUUAGAAAGGACAAAGAAUAAGAAGGUCAAUAAAAUUAAGCAAUUUUUCUUAAGAUAGAUAAAAAUUAACACACAAUUGAUUACAAAAUUAAAACACAUUAAGGUUAUAGGAUUGGGAGGUUUUUCUCUCCUGUCUUUUUUUUAGUUUUUUGUGUGUUUUGUUAUUUAUUAUUAUUAUUACUUUCUUUUCUUCCUUCCCUUUUUUUUUUUUUAUUUCAACCAAUAGAGGUUUCACAAUAGAGGUAAAACAGAAAUGAGGUAAUACAAAACAGCUAAUUAUACCUCCUUAUAAAGAAGAAGAAAAAGGGUUGGAAAAGAAGCUAAAGGGAGGGAGAAAAGGGGAAAGGAAAGGAUUUAUGAGAAGACGAUUAGAAAGACAAUGAAGGAGGUGAAACCUUUAUCUCUUUCUGUCCAACUCUCCCCAUAUAUAGUGACAGACAGGGAUGAAUAAUAGAAUCUAAAAUAGAAAAAGACACAGUCAUGAAAACGUUGCACAGAGAAGAAAAAAGAGGGUAAAAUGAAAAUUCUAACACAUUAAUAAAAAAAUUCUGAAAGAAAAGGGAUAAAACUCACUAUACACUAAUAUAUUAGAAAGAACACAGAACAAGAAGGCUCAAUCAAAUUAAGCAAUUUUUCUUUUAUAGAAGAUAAAGUAAGAUAUAUAAAAAUUGACACACAAUAAAUCACUAAAUUAAGACACAUUAAGGUUAUAGGAUUGGGAGGUUUUUCUCUCCUAUUUUCUCUUUUUUUUCGUUCUCUUUCCUUUUAUAUUUUGUGGCUUGUUGUCUAUACAUUUGCACUGAGAAAAUUGAUAUAUGGAAAUACUUGCUAAUAAGUAAGGAUAAUAAGGCAUAUGGAUUAAGUAGAUGGAAGAGGGAAAAGGAAGAAAGGAAAAAGUAAUAGGGAAGAGGUUUAAGGUUAUUAAAAAUGAUACAUAUUUUGACAAUAGGACAUGUGAAACUGCCUAAUUUAUAUUUGUAAUAUUUUAACUGUAUUAUAAUUUUUUUUUAUUUACCUCUCCCCCCCUUCUUUUAUAAUUGUAACCCUACCCUCUUCGGGCUCUAGAUAAAAAGCGGCCUGCCGGUCUAAGGCUAGAGUAAAAAUCUCAAAUAACUUUAUAUACUUUGGUUAGGUAUAGUUUUGUUUUCACAUCUGGGGAUAUAGGAUGUGGAACUCUGUCCCCUACAUGGGUGGUUGGAGAUGGAUUUUCUCAUGUGUUUUUUUACAUGAGGUUAUAUGUUUUUAAAUGUUGUAUAGUCUAUGUAUAUGUUUUUGUAAGAAUGUGCCAAGGAAAUGUCAUACAUAAAUGUAGGUUGAUAUUCAAUGGUUAAAAUUUUGAUGCUUAAUGCUCAGGGGCUAAAUAACCCACAUAACAGAUCUGUGGUAUAUGAUUAUAUCAAACAAGGAGCUAAAAUUAUAUUUUUGCAAGAAAAAAGAUAUAAAACGCUUUAUGAUUUAUCCCAAACCGAUUUAUUAUUACAUUAUGUUCCUCAUUAGAGUAUAAAAAGAAAUGUGGAGUUGCUCUUUUAAUAACGAAUGAUAUGGAUAUACAGAUUACUUAUCAAGAUAUAUAUAAAAACGGAAGGUACAUUAUACUAAUAUGUAAAAUACAAAAUCAAGAGUUUACACUCCUUAACCCCUAUGCACCUAACGUUAACACCACUAGUUUCUUACAAAAGAUAUUCUACAAAAUAGAUAGUAUCAGAGGAGACUUCAAUUGGACAGAAAUUCAGUGGGAGGCACUCCCCAACAUAGGAAAGGCAAACAUAUGACAAAUCAAUUUAACUCGAAAUUACACAAAUAUGCUCUAUUACACCUAUGGAGGAUUCCCCAUCCUCAAGAGACAGAUUUCACCUGGUUCUCUAAAGUACAUUAUACGUAUUCUAGGCUAGAUUUAUUUUUGAGCAAUACAGAGAACAUACAAGACUAAGAAGAUACUAAUUCAGGAGGUCACUUGGUCAGACCAUAACCCGGUCAUUUUAGACCUUAAAUAAGCCCUGUAAAUAAGAAAUAGUUGGAGGUUAAAUGACCUUCUUAAAAAAAACACCUCAGGAUAUAGAGAACAUAAAAGAAAUAACAAAACAUUUUUUCAAAGAUAACAAAAAUAAAGGUAUAUGUGAUACAGUAGUAUUGUGUGCAUACAAAGCAGUCUUGAGGGGGCACCUUAUAAAAAUUGGCUCAAUUAUAAACAGAAAUAGUGGUUCUUCUUUGACAGAAUUAUAUUUAUCCUUAUAUGAAAUAACAAAAUCUAACAACAGUAACCCCUCUGUAGAUACAAGUGGAAAAAUAGCAAAUAUAAAGGAAAGAAUUAACAAAAUACUACUGCAGAAAACUAUUAAAAAAACUAGAAUCCUUAAAAAUAAAAUGUUAUUACAGAGGUAAUCGGGCAAAUAAUAUGCUCACAAAUAAAGUUAAAGGGAAAAAAUUGACCUCUGUGGUACAGAGAAUUAUCACAGAAGAAGGAUUACAAUUAGUGAUGUCGCGAACCGUUCGCGAACUUGCCGCGAACGGUUCGCCACGGUUUGCCACGAACCGUUCGUGGCGAACUCUGGUCAGCUGACACAUCCCUGCCAAUCUCCGGCAGACCCUCCCUCCCAGACCCUCCUCCUUCCUGGACAGCAUCCAUGUUGAAGGCAUUUGUGUAUGUCAGAAUAUAUGUAUGUAAUAAUACGCAACUUGAAAUGAUUUAUACUUAUUUCUGAUACAAUAAUCAAUAAAUAAAUCAAUUUUAAAAAAACAAUUCUACCCUGUAAAAAGGAAAUUCUUGCCAUACAAAGAUUGAUAAGUCAAGGGUACAAGCUAAUCUAAAUUUAGAAUUUUCAGAAAUAAGGGGAGAUUUAUCAAGAUGAAAGAUAUGCUAUAUUGGUGCAAAGUGCUAAAUGUUGACAGACAAAUUAUAGGUUUCCAUGGUGAUUGCUCCUCAUUUUGGGACCAUGCCAUAUAAUAGUACAUGUUUUGCCUUGAUAAAUCUCCUCCUCGUUUUUGUUGUUCUGUCUGUGCACAAAUGUACAUUUACAUCUACAUUUGUCUUCAUCUUCUGUCUCUUAAACAAAUCCCUCCUAGUGCUGGUGUUGGGCGCACUGGAACACUCAUAGCUCUGGAUGUGGCACUGCAGCAGAUGAGAGCUGAAAGCUGUGUUGACGUAUUUAGCACUGUGUAUCAAAUGCGACUCAGCAGGUACCUGAUGGUGCAGACAGUGGUAAGUGUCAAGACUUACAAGGGGUUAUCGCUACCAUCCCCAUGGCAAUUUAUAAAUGAAAUGCCUUUAGUUCUCCCAAAUAAAUUAAAAGAACACCCAAACACAAGCUAGCAAAAUAUUUAUGCAAUCAAAAAUACUACUAAAUAGGUCUCUUCAGUUAACAAAUUCUUUACCAAACAAAAGGCAGAACUUAAUGAAGAAAUAUUUAUUAUGAACAAAAUAGUCACAGUGUAUACAUAAACAUUGAUGAUAAACAAAUGAUUUAAACCAACAAACAAUUAAAAAUAAAAAGGAGAAAUUAAUAGAAAAUACUAGUUUCUCACUUUGCAAGUACAGGAAGUAAUUCCUGUUCCCGGGGGCUCAAGCAAGGAAAAUGACAACUUACUCAAAAUUGAAUCUUGUCCUCUAAAAAGCACAUGGAUCAUUUUAAAGUCACAGCUUUUUUUUUUUAAUUGGAAAAAAUAAAUGUACAUUGAACAAAAUUAUAAACGCAACACUUGUUUUUUCCCCCAUUUUUAAUAAGCUGAACUCAAAGAUCUAAGACUUUUUCGAUGUACACAAAAGGCCUAUUUCUCUCAAAUAUUGUUCACAAAUCUGUCUAAAUCUGUGUUAUUGAGCACUUGUUCUUUGCCGAGAUAAUCCAUCCACCUCACAGGUGUGGCAUAUCAAGAUGCUGAUUAGUUUGUGAAGAUUCAAGAUGGGUCUCUAUUCUCCUGAUGCCUUCCGGGUCAAACAAAUUCUUAAGUGGUAACCUAAUUCUUUAUUUCCAUGAGGAAUAGGGCAGGUUACUUAUUUUGUCAAGAAUGAGGUUGUGAAGAGAUGAAUAGCAUUUGCCUUUUUUAGAUCUAGAGGAUUCUGGAUUGUUAGAAACCGGGCAUAAAGGAUGGAAGAGAAUUCCAAAAAUAGCCUUUGCUUAGAAUUUUUCAAACCCAUUUGUCAAUGAUCAAGUGGGCCCAUCCAGGACAAUUGAGAACAUCCAGGAUUAUUGCACAGGUGUGCCUUAGGCUGACCACAAUAAAAGGCCACUCCAAAAUGUGCAGUUUUACUGUAUUGGAGGGUUCCCGAGGGGGAGGGAUGGGCUGAGUGAAGUUGCAGGAUAUUGGCAGGACCUGCAACACGCUGUUGUAUACUCCGAUCCAGAGCAUCCCAAACAUGCUCGUUGAGUAUGCUGGCCAUGCAAGAAUUGGGAUGUUUUCAGUUUACAGGAAUUGUGUACAGAUCUUUGCAACAUGGGGCCGUGCAUUAUCAUGCUGCAACAUGAGUUGAUGGUCGUGGAUGAAUGGCACAACAAUGGGCCUCAGGAUGUCAUCACGGUAUCUCUGUGCAUUCAAAAUGCCAUCAAUAAAAUGCCCCUGUGUUCAUUGUCCAUAACAUAAGCCUCCCCAUACCAUAACCCCGCCACCACCAUGGGCCACUCCAUCCACAACAAUCAGCAAACUGCUCAUCCACAUGACACCAUACACACUGUCUGCCAUCUGCCCUGUACAAUGAAAACCAGGAUUCAUCCAUGAAGAGAACACCUCUCUAAAGUGCCAGACAUCAUCAAAUGUGAGCAUUUGCCCACUCAAGUCGGUUAUGACGAUGAACUGCAUUCAUGUCGAGACUCCGAUGAGGACGACGAGCAAGCAGAUGAGCUUCCCUGAGACAGUUUCUGACAGUUUGUGCAGAAAUUCUUUGGUUAUGCACACCAAUUGUUGCAGCAGCUGUCUGGGUGGCUGGUCUCAGACGAUCUUGGAGGUGAAGAUGCUGGAUGUGGAGGUCCUGGGCUGAUGUGGUUACACGUGGUCUGUGGUUGUGAGGCCAGUUGGAUGUACUGCCAAAUUCUCUGAAACGCCUUUGGAGACAGUUUAUUGUAGAGAAAUGAACAUACAAUUCACGGGCAACAGCUCUGGUGGAAAUUCUUGCAGUCAGCGUGCCAAUUGCAUGCUCCCUCAAAACUUGCGACAUCUGUGGCAUUGUGCUUUGUGAUAAAACUGCACAUUUUAGAGUGGCCUUUUAUUGUGGCCAGCCUAAGGCACACCUUUGCAAUAAUCAUGCUGUCUAAUCAGCAUCUUGAUAUGCCACACCUGUGAGGUGGAUGGAUUAUCUCGGCAAAGGAGAAGUGCUCACUAAUACAGACUUAGACAGAUUUGUGAACAAUAUUUGAGAAAAAUAGGCCUUUUGUGUACAAAGAAAAAGUCUUAGAUCAUGAAAAAUGGGGCAAAAACAAGUGUUGCGUUUAUAAUUUUUUGUUCAGUGUAGUCAGGGCCGGCGUAGGGGUGUGCGAGCUGUGCGGCCGCACAGGGCGCCGUGGAGCAGUGGGGGCCAUGUGGCUGACACAGCUCACACAUGGCCGGCUAAACGGGUGGAGGAUUUCAUUAUUCUCCACCCGGGCUUAGAAAAAAACUCCCAGCAUUGCGGUGGGGGCGGGGCUUACCUUGUGGCGGGGGCAGAGCUAAAAUGACGGCUGCAUGGGAAGCAGGAAGGAGUCCCUGCUUCCCCAACAACCAGACCCCAGGAGCUGCACUGCCUCCCCUUUUCCCAGACCGUAAAGGACAGAGGUAACCAUGUAUGACUGUCUGUUUGUGAGUGUGUGUGAGUAUGUGCAACUGUCUGCCUUUGUGUGUGUGAGUACUUGUGUGUGUGGCUGUCUGCCUGUGUGUGUGUGUGUGGCUGUCUGCCUGUGUGUGUGUGUGUGUGUAGCUGUCUGCCUGUGUGUGUGCGUAUGACUGUCUGCCUGUGUGUGAGUACCUGUGUGUAUGGCUGUCUGCCUGUGUGGCUGUCUGCCUGUGUGUGUGUGUGUGCGCCUGUGUGACUGUCUGCCUGUGUGUGUGUGGCUGUCUGCCUCUGUCUGUGUGAGUACCUGUGUGUGGCUGUCUGCCUCUGUCUGUGUGUGUUUGAAUACCUGCCUCUGUGUGUGUGACUGUCUGUGUGUGAAGCUGUCUGUGUGUGUGUGUGUGUGUGUGUGUGUGUGUGACUGUCUGCCUCUGUGUAUGUGACUGUCUGCAUGUAACUGUGUGUGUGUGUGUGUGUGAGACUGUAUGUGUGGCUGUAUGUAUGUGACUGUCUGUCUGUACCUGUGUGUGUUUGUCAUUGUCUGCCUGUAACUGUGUGUGUACAUGUGUGUUACUGUCUGAUUGUAAUUGUGUGUGCGUGUGACUGUCUGCCUGUAACUGUGUGUGUGACUGUAUGUAACUGUGUGUUACUGACUGUAUGUAACUGUGUGUUACUGUCUGCCUGUAACUGUGUGAGUGUGUUUAUCUGCCUGUAACUGUUUGUUUCUGCCUGAUCCUGUGUAUUUGACAGUAUCUAUGUAUAGCUGUGUGCAUCUGACUGUGGAACUGUGUGCAUGUGACUCUGCAGUCUGACACAUCUGGCAUGCACUUCUGUUGACUGUAGACCAUAAGUAGCUGUCUUCCUAGCUCCGGCCAAUCAAAUUACUGCCGCAGAUUACCACAGGACACUGCAAGUCCCUGAGCUUGCGAGACAGUUACCAAUGGUCUGCACCCAGAUCAGCAUUCCCCUCUCCCAACUAGGUAACAACAGGAAAUGAGGAAUUAAUAUUUGUUUUUAAAUCAUUAUUUAUUUAAUACACUAUAAAAAGAAUGAUGGGGGGGGGGGGGCACUGCGAAAAAGAUUCGCACAGGGCGCCUAAGGGCCUAAGUCCGGCCCUGAGUGUAGUUACAAUUUAUCUCGUACAAUUUCAAUAUGGACAAGGAAUUGCAAAAACAUAUACACAUGCAGACAUAUAUACAUAUCUUGUAAUAUUAAUGCUAGUAAUUUAGUGUUUAUUGUAUCUCCAUCUGUACAUCAGAUAUUACUUAAAUAUUCGUUUGUCUCUUUUAUAAGCAGACUUAUAUCAUAGACAAUUACUAACAAAAAAAGAAUCACAAAUUGUGCUGAAAGAAAAGUAAAAUCUAGAAAAUGAUCAAGGCGGUCCUAAGAAGUCAUUAAUUGUUCCCUAGUUUUGUGACCCAUAUAUGUUUUAUACCCUCUGUGCCCAUUUCGAGUUUCCAAGUCAAAGUUACUGUAAGAACUCUAUAUUGAUUACACCUUCCCUCUCACCUUAAACACCAAUCUAUAUAAUAGAGCUUAUUUAAAAAUGUUUUAAUCUCUUGCUGUACACCUAGCACAGAAAUGAUUUUUACAUCUGUCACAAUUUAUCUUUUCCAAAGACGUCUUAUUAGACUCAUCUGCAACUAAGAACUCCCACAAAUGGCUUAAGGUGCAAGGGCCAUAUUUUUACUUCUUUUGUAAGGAACACCUUCAGCAUUCUGAAUAUGUAUAGCAGAAUGCAUCAUAAUUAGAGAUGUCGCGAACGGUUCGCCACGGUUCGCGGCGAACUCCGGUCAGCUGACACAUCCCAGCCAAUCUCCAGCAGACCCUCCCUCCCAGACCCUCCUACUUCCUGGACAGCAUCCAUGUUGAAGGAUGGUUCGCGACAUCUCUAAUCAUAAUUCGUCUCAGGAUGAUUAUUCAUUUAUUUUGAAUAUGGCUCUAAGCAGAGAAUUGUUUCCUGACGGCAAACUGUCGAUUAGCAUUUCAAAUAAAAACCAAAAUGUGCUUAGUUAGUAAGUUUGCGGAAAAGUACAUAUAAAUGCCCUUUGGGUUCAAUAUUUUACACCUGGCCAAAGGGACAGAGCUGGAUGUUUGGCCUCAUAUGAAAGAAUCGAAUUUUCAGCUUUUUCUGUGAUCUGAUACAUAGCACAUAGCAGCCAAAAUAAAGAGACACUCCAGGCAUCAAAACAACUUCAUCUAAAUGAAGUUGUUAUGGUGCCAGGAGGCCCCUGUUGGCCCUUUUGAAGUUGUUAUGGUUCCAGGAGGCCCCUGUUGGCACUCUUACCUCAACCGUUUAACCCCAACAGGGUUAACCCGAACAGUUUAACCACAAUGUUGCCUCCAGUAGGGAUGUCCAUUUUCCCUCAGGAGGCAUCCAGCUUCUGCAUUUUUAGAUUCAGGAAUUGUGGAGUGCUGCUGGACUCUCAGACCAUCAGUGACUACACAUUUACUAAACUGGCUUGGAUCAGCAGCUUCACUGCCCUAGAGCACUCAACACUUCCUGAAUCUGAAAAUUCAGAAGCCAGAUGCUGCCUGGGGGAAGUGGACAAUGCUGGAGAAAUGGACAAUGCUCCUGGAGGCAACCGAGAAUGGUUUAACCCCUUGAGGUAAGAGUGUCUCCGGAGACCUCAUGGGGUUAAACCGUUCUCGGUUGCCUCCAGGAGCAUUGUCUACUUACCCCAGGUGGCAAUUAAGUUGUUUUGGUGCCUGGAGUGUCCCAUUAACCCUGAUAAUACACACAUAUAAGCAUGCUAGCUGGGCAUGACAAGACUAAUAUUACAUCUUGGUUUGUAGGAGCAAUAUAUUUUUGUGCAUCGCUGUAUUCUUGAAAAGAUAAUGCAAGAGAAGGAAUAUAGCAACCACAAAUGUAAGUAACAAAGUAAGUGAGUAAUAAAUUCUAAACUUGAUGGACGCAUGUCUCUUUUCAGCUAUGUAACUGCAACUAAGUAGCAAACCUUACAAUUAGAUAAUUUGUUACCUAAAACUGCAUUGCUUUUAUAUUGUAUUCAAAAAGAUUAUAAGAGAUACUGAGAUAACUGUAGAUAAUAAGGGGAAUAUAUGCGGUUGGGAAGAGAAAAUCAGGGGGGCUGGGGAGAGAUCAUUGGGGAUAAUUUAUAAUUGUGGUAACUACAGAAUUCUACAUGUAUGUUUUUGUAUGCUAUUGAUGGAGAAUACAUUGUGUUACCUAUGCAAUGCUUAGUGAAUAUUCCCCUAGACAUACAGAGCUAUAUAUAAUAUAUAUUAAUAUUAUGUUACAGAGUGUCAGUCUCAUGUCCUGCUUUCUACUUCUGUAUUUUUUAUUACUAGCUAAAAGUAUAUACACUAUACAUGGCUUGAAAGACUGAAUGGUCAGUAGGCCUGAUUUUAAUACAAGAUACUAAUGCUUUGAGAGGGUUAAAUUCGCAUUCUUUAAACAUACCAUAUUUUUCUGUUCUGAUGCCUGACACUAGUUUCCACUAUCUUUUAUAAACAUCCUGCCGUUGUAAAAAAUAACAUACUCUCUAAGCACCUGAAAAUUUUAAUUGGGUUCCUAAAUCAAAGACUGUCAUGUACAUCAGUUAACAGAAGAUGUGAAUUUAAAAACAUAUUUUACCCCUGUAUCUAAAAAUACCUGGACAGGUCUUCCUCUAUGGUUUGUUGGUGGGAGGGGGUGCGAGGGAAUAGAGGUGAAGCUAUUAAUUUAAGUCCCACGGGUGUAAUUAGUACAUCUGGAUAUACCUUGCCUAACUCUCACCUGCAGUACCAGAGAAAAGGGGACUUGUCAUAGAUACAGGUAAAUAAAGGGUUAAAAUGCCUUUGCGUUAGUUAAGUCUUUCCACAUCUGCAAGGGUUAAAAGCAUGAAUUUUCUUCCCUGUCUGCUAUCUGCUGCAAGCUGCGACUCCCUUUUUAUUCUCACAGGAGAAACUCAGACUGCAUAUUUAAGAUAAGAUGUGCUAUACAUGCGCAGUAGAUUUACAGCAAUUCGUAAUGUUAAAUGAAUAAUGAUACUUUUUGCACUGAAAUUUCUAUGAUUGGUUGAUUUUGUCUUCUGUUGUAUACACCCCUAUGAAAACUGUGUUUCAUAUAUACGAUGUACACGCAUUAAAAAGCUACUACUCUCUUGAACUUUAUCUGACUGGCAUGUGCAUUGAUUGUUCAUUUUGAAGCCUAACAGUUAUUUAUGGUUUUAUGUUUUGUAGGCGGUCCAUGAAAGAA